UGCAAUCUUCCUCUCCUGCACAGAGAGCUAGCAGGCUGCGCUGGAGCGGUACCUCUGACUGCCAUGAAGAUAACAGCGGUUUUCGUGAAGGCGGCUCUAGCCCUUUGCUGCUCCUUAGGUAUUGCCUUUGGAGUUGAGGUUGAUUGCAGCCAGUAUUCCAGUGGCAUUGGCAAGGAUGGGACAGUCUGGGUAGCUUGCCCAAGGGAUUUGAAACCAGUCUGUGGCACCGAUGGCACCACGUACAGCAAUGAGUGUGGGAUCUGCUACUACAACAGGCAACACAGGGCCAGUGUGGAGAAGGCACAUGAAGGAGAAUGCGAGACGAUAUCUAUUAUGAUUGACUGCAGUACAUACCAAAAAUCUGGAGUAGAUGGUCAUGUCAUGGUAGCUUGCCCAAGGAUACUGAAACCAGUCUGUGGCUCAGAUGGCUUCACUUAUGACAAUGAAUGUGGGAUCUGUGCUUACAACGCGGAACAUCACGCCAACAUUACCAAAACAUAUGAUGGAGAGUGCAAGCAGGAAAUUAUUGACUGCAGUAAGUACCCAACAAAAACCACUGAAGAUGGCACAGUAUUAGUAUCCUGUCCAAGGAUCCUGGAUCCUGUUUGCGGCACAGAUGACAUUACAUAUGAUAAUGAAUGUGGGAUCUGUGCCCACAAUGGAGAACACAGGACCCAUGUUAGCAAGAAGCAUAAAGGAAAAUGCAGACAGGAGACUUCUGAGAUCGAUUGCAGUCAAUACUCAUCAAGAGUGAUGAAGGGUGGUAAAGCCAUGAUGCGCUGUCCAAGGAUCCUGCUCCCUGUCUGCGGCACAGAUGGAUUUACUUAUGACAACGAAUGUGGCAUCUGUGCCCAUAACCUAGAACAUGGGACUCACGUUAAGAAAAACUAUACAGGAAGAUGCAAGGAUGAAAGCAUUCCUGUUGACUGCAGCAGAUACCUGAGCAAUACGAAAACCGGUGAAGCCAUUGCAGCCUGCCCCUUCAUCCUGCGCGAGAUCUGUGGGACAGAUGGUGUCACCUACAGCAAUGACUGUGUGCUGUGUGCCCAUAACAUUGAAUUUGGAACCAGUGUUGCCAAAAGGCAUGAUGGAAGGUGCCUAGUGGAACCUCCCCAAAUCAACUGCAGCCAGUACCCAACUAGCACCCUGAAGGAUGGCAGACAGUUGAUGGCCUGCACGAUGAUCUAUGAUCCCGUCUGCGGUACCGAUGGUGUCACCUACGCCAGCGAGUGUACGCUGUGUGCCCACAACCUGGAGCACCGGACCAAUCUUGGCAAAAGAAAGAAUGGACGCUGUGAAGAAGAUAUUACAAGAGAUCAUUGCAAGGGCUUCCAAGGACAGUCUGUGUGCACCUUGGAAUAUUUGCCCCACUGUGGCUCUGACGGCAAAACAUACAGCAACAGAUGUGCUUUCUGCAAUGCUUACCUGGAAAGCAGAAGUACUCUCAACCUCAUGAGUCUGACUGAAUGUUAAGUCUGUGCUGGAGUCCAGCCCAGGAAGACAAGCUCCCUUGCAUGUGACUUCCCAUGGGCUGAUCUUCCCCAGCAACUUUCCUUCAGUUUGUCUCAUUUCCUUAGCUACUGAAGCACUUGUUCAAUAAACUCACUUGGCAACA